UAAAACACCAAAACAGUCAAGACACCAAUGUCCCUUAUCCAUUUCACUUCCCCUUCCAAAACCUCUCCAGAAUGAGAAUGGAGUAACCCAACUCAACCCAACCUCGUGGUUUCUCUGAUUGAAUGCAAUGGCGCUGCUACGUGUUCUGUGUUUAACUUCUUCAACAACAACAACUCACAUAUCCACACAAAACCAUUCACCCUCUUUCUCAUCCCUUGAGAUUCACCACAAGAAGAACAACAACAAACCUUACUCCCAAUCUUCAUCUCACAACCACUCCACCAAGCUCACUUUUUGCCACAUACCCUUUUCGUUUCGCCUUCCAUGUCUAUCAAUCACGCACAGUACCAGAGCCAACACUCUCACAUUCGCUUCUUCCACUACCCAACAACAACAAACCGAGGAAGCCACCACUGAAGAAUUUUCUACAACCAGGUUGGUUGCUCAGAACGUGCCAUGGACAAGUACCCCUGAAGAUGUUCGGUCUUUGUUUGAGAGAUAUGGAACGGUUCUCGAAGUUGAGCUUUCUAUGUAUAACAAGACCAGAAGUAGGGGUUUGGCGUUUGUUGAAAUGAGCUCCCCAGAAGAGGCUCUUGAGGCUCUCAACAAGCUCGAAUCGUAUGAGUUUGAGGGUCGCGUAUUAAAACUCAACUAUGCUCGACCAAAAAAGAAGAAAGCGCCGCCACCCGUAGUGCAACGGAAGCCAGUAACAUUUAACUUGUUUGUUGCAAACUUGUCCUAUGAAGCGACGUCUAAAGAUCUCAGGGAGUUUUUUGACUCAGGAAGUAGUCAAGUUGUUUCUGCAGAGGUUGUAUUUCAUGAGGACCCUAGAAAAUCAACUGGUUAUGGAUUUGUGUCCUUCAAGUCCAAGAAAGAAGCCAAUGCAGCUCUUUCUGAGUUCCAAGAAAAGACUUUUAUGGGAAGGUCACUCAGGGUAGCGCCUAGUAAGCGAUUUGUUCAACCACUUGAAGAGAGCAGUGCAAAACCUGAAGAUACAUCUACUGAGUUGAGCGUGAAUGGGGCAGGAGUUGACAAUGCUGAUUGAUAUCAUUAUUUCCCUGCUGCAUUUCAAAUAUUCUUGAUGCUGUAUGCCAUUACAUCGAAAGUUUUGAUAGUGUGCUCAUUCUACUGAUUAUGCAGAAGUCUUUGAUUGGUUUAAACUGUGUUUACAGGUAGUUUGCACCUUUUCGAACCAAAGGCUCAACAGAUACAAGAAAUGAAUAGAUAUGUUAGUAUAAGCAUUUCUGUGAUUGUAGAAAUGGAUAGUCUUUGUAAGUGAAUGGUCACAUUUCUAUGGAAUCAAGGUAUUUUCAUUUCAUUGUUUGAAGUUAGAAGGCUACUAUAUCUCUAGAAAGCAAGAAACAUAUCUGUAAUAGUGAUUUUGUUUGCAUCUUUAGUGCUGGUUACAUCACAUUGACAUAUUGAUACAGCC